GCCCUGAAGGUGCGCGCUUGAACAAGAGCUCGCGGCUGGCUGUCGGUCUCGCGUACAUCACACAGACGCACUCGCAACAAUGCGGCGGCCAACACGAAUUUUACGAUGCUCUCUGUGCGCACUGCUCUUUGCUGCGCUCGCAACCUCAGCACUCGGCCAAGAUGCCGUCCUGUCUGAAGCUGUUACCUCUGCUUCCAAAAAGCCUGCUGGACCACGCAGACCACCGACGACGGCCAGAACAACCACAACAACCGAAGCAGCAGAUGUUGACGCCGUCGCCUUCCCCGACUCGGCCCCGAAACCGAUUCAAGCGUCCACUGCCGCCCCCAGCACUGCCGCCCCCGUGACCCAAGCGACCAAAAACCCGAAGCCACUCGACAACCGCGUCCAGGGUGGAAAGGUUCCUGCUCCUGCCGUAGUCCCGAACCCCCAGAAUGCUUCCGCACCUGUCGGAGGCGUGAACGGGACCAACACUACCCUGGGCAACCGGUUCGGUGGCUUGGGGCUCCUGCACCAAAUCGCCCACGGCGUCGGCAACGGAAUCGUGGGGCCGCUGCUUGGAGGAGGCGGAGGAGGUGGAGGAGGCGGCUCCAGCUUUAGCCUGGCGUUCUCCUCCUCGUCCGGUGGAGGCGGCUUCGGAGGCGGUGGUGCCUCGAGCAGCGCUUCAGCAGGGUCUAACUCGUUCGGUGGUGGACUCGGUGGACUCGGUGGCUUCGGAGGUGGCGCCUCCAACGCUCAAGCAUCUUCGGGAACCAGUAAUUUCGGAGGCGGCAACGGGGGCUUCGGAGGCGGGGCUUCCAACUCUCAGGCCAGUGCGGGCUCCAGCAACUUCGGAGGCGGAUUUGGAGGCCUCAACGCUGGUGCGUCGAAUGCUCAGGCCAGUUCAGGCACCAGCAACUUCGGAGGAGGCCCCGGGGGCUUCGGGGUCGGAGCAUCCAACGCCCAGGCCAGUGCGGGCUCCAGCAACUUUGGAGUAGGCCCUGGGGGCUUUGGGGCCGGAGCAUCCAAUGCUCAAGCAUCUUCAGGAACCAGUAAUUUCGGGGGUGGCUUUGGAGGCAUCGGAGGCGGUGCAUCUAACGCCCAAGCCAACGCCGGCUCCAGCAACUUCGGGGGCGGAUUUGGAGGCCUCAACGCUGGUGCGUCAAAUGCUCAAGCCAGUUCAGGCACCAGCAACUUUGGAGGAGGCCCCGGGGGCUUUGGAGUCGGAGCUUCCAACGCCCAAGCCAACGCCGGCUCCAGCAACUUCGGAGGCGGCUUUGGCGGCGGCGGUGCCUCCAAUGCCCAAGCCAACGCGGGUAGCUCUUCGUUUGGCGGCGGACUGGGACCUGGACAGUACGGAGGCGGAUAUGGUCGGCCGCACCACGGUGGCGGAGGAGGCUACAAUCGUCCACACCACGGAGGCUACGGCAGGCAGCCCGGCCCCUACGGAGGCUUCCAAGGUGGACCCUACGGAGGUGGGGGCUAUGGCGGACCGUACGGAGGCGGUCAUCGCGGCGGCCCUCACGGUGGAUUCAACGGAGGACAUAACAGGAGACCCGCGGGCUUCACUGACUAUGGUGACUACGACCUGAUUGGCAAUCGGAACCAGAAGUUUGGAACCGUUUUGUCCUCUACCAGCGGGGGCACCACCGAGGCAGACUCGAUCGCCUUCCCCAAAUAACAAGUCAAUUUCGUGUUGUUCAUUUAUUUAACUUAUAUACAACUCUUCUUCGAGUUCCUAUGCCGUGCAUUUUUUCUUACCUUGUUUUUCAACACUUGACUCACCAUCAUUAUGUAUGUUAAAAAUAAAAGUUAAAAAAACAAA